AUGAGGCUCGCAUCCAAGUCCGUGACUGGCCCUUCCCUCGGCGUUGCAAAGAUGGAGGACCGCAAGAGACCAGCCAUGUCCGACCGCGAUGAAACCGCACCACCCGCAAAACGCCAGGCGACACUAUCCAACGGCACCAAGGCGCUGGCAGAUCUGGAUCCGCUCACCGACCGUGAUCGCGUUUUCGAGGAAUUCACCAAAGACGCUCUGAUAAGACAAAAGAACGAAUACAAGCGCAGGAAGGCCGAUCUCGAGGAACGUGUGGCAGAUCUUGAGGAUCAAUCCAAGUAUCAUGACGACCACUUGCGCGUCAUUGACCUGUGGUUCUCUCAGCUCAUCGAUGAAGUUGCCGUCCUUGCCAACGAGACCCUCCCCGCCACGGACUCCAAUCCUUCCGAAUCCGCACCCUUCCCUACAUCUCUUCUCUCUUCCGAUUCCGACACCUUCAAGGAACAUCUCUCUGCCCGCACCAACAGCAUAAAGAAGGCUCUUUCCGAUCUCUUCUCCAAGAUUCCGGCUGCUGCACCCGAGGUUCAGGAUCUUCAAGGCCAGCUCUCCAAGCUGCUGUCGCUGGAGAAGCAGCAUACUGCAGAACUUCACCGGGCUAUUGCAGAAAAGGAACAGUAUGAGGCUCGGCUUCAGGGCGCAACGGAGCGUUACGUUCUUGCCGAAAGGAAGUAUGAUCGCGAGAGGAGUAAGGCUGUGGCAAUGGUUGGGUUGGGAGCUGCUCCUGUACCUUCAGCAAGCAAGGAUGACUCGAAGCAGAAAGCUGACAGCCCGCCUAUCACGAAUGGCUCUGUCGACAGUGCUGAAAUUGAAGCUGCGCGUAAAGAGGCAAAUGCUGUUGCCGAAAAGCGCAAGGCUCAAUGCGAACAACUUGCUGCCGAGAACAAAAAGCUGACUGAAGAGAUCACCGCCCUCAAGACCAAAUUCGCCGGGUUGACCGAUGAGGACUACGCGAAGACGGAUUUAUUCAAGGCGCUGAAGAGCCAGCACGAAGACGUCAUCAAGCGUAUUAACCAUCUGGAAGCCACUAACGUGCAGCUUCGUGAGGAAGCAACGAAAUUGCAUGCAGAGCGCACAGCGUACCGAGCACAGAUGGAUGAGGAGUCAAGAGCCGCUAUCAGUGAGACUGAGUCCCAGUUGGCGAAGGCUGAGGCAGAUCUUGCCCGCAUCCGUAAUGCGAGGGACGAGCUGGCGUCCGAACUGGCACAGAGGAAAGCAGCCCAAGAUGAUGUCAGAGCUUCGUCUGAGCAGAUCAAGGAGCUGGCAAGUGCUGGGGAAAGCAGAAUAACUGCACUUGAGACAGAAGUCGAGCGCCUCCGUCUGAGGGUUGGUGAAACGCAGGCCGAUGGACCAACCCAGCAUUUGGAGGGCUUGUCACCGGACGAACUUCGCGCCAAAAUCGCAACCCUGGAGAAAGAAUACGCCCUUCUUAGCAACGAACUCCCGUCCAUGGAGGUGGCCUGGAAAAAGGCACAAGCUUUGGCGGCGAAGAAGACUGCCGAAUUGGUCAACUGGGAAGAACAGGUAAAUCGGUUAACCGCAGAGAAGUCCAAGGCAGACCAAAAGUACUUCGCCGCUAUGAAGGCCAAAGAUGCCAGGGAAGCCGAAUGCCGGCAUAUGAAGACGAUGAACGCGCGCAAUGCGGAAAUUAUCGCUCAGCUCAAAUCGAUUGAAGGCGCCAACCAGAACAUGAAGAUCAACCUCGAAAAGCAAGUCGCGGAAAGCGGAGAAGCGCUAAACCGACUUCAGGAUCAGUUCCGGAUUCUGCAGCAGAAGUCGGGAGAAAAGGCCAGCAUGACCGAAAGCCUCCAAGCUCAAAUCGCCGAGCUGAAGAGUAUGCUGAACGCCAAAGACAGUGCAGUGUUAUCUUCCAAGCAAUCACAGAGGGAGUUGGAGGCUGAGGUUGAGAAGCUCAAGAUUCGUUUGCAAGAGACCGAGAGGCAGUUAAACAACUGGAAGGACAAGGACAAGAGGGACGACAUGAACGAGAUGUGGCGGUCAUAUGCCCUUUGUCCUGUCUGCCGCAAAAACCUCAAGGACACGGCGAUCAAGACGUGUGGUCACGUCAUGUGCCGUGAUUGCGUAGACGAGCAGUUCCGCGGUCGUUCUCGCAAAUGUCCUGUGGAUGGCAGGUCGUUCGGCACCGCAGACGUUAUGAAGCUCAACAUGUGA